CCUCCCCACGGAAGGAAUCUGCGUAGGCGCGGCGCAGACCGGAAGUUGUCCGGUUGCCGCGGUAACGGCGUCGUCCCCGCGGAGCGGGAGCGGGCCGGGAGCCGGCAGGUUCCCUGCCCCGGCCCGUCCGCUCGGCGGCCCAUGCCGCGGAGAGCGCUGCGCUGCGUUCUGCAGCUGGACCUCCGCUCGAUAACUUGCCCUGGAGUGCUGCUGAAAGACAAAGAGGAACUCUAUCUCAGUGUCUCUGUACUCGGGCAGUACAAAAAAACUCAAUGUGUCCCUGCAGCAUUUCCACUCUUUUUUCAAGAAAAACUAGUAUUUGAAAAGGCAUUUACUGAUACAGUCGACCCUGGAGACCUUGUGAAGUUACUGGAAUCUGACACAACAGUACUUGAACUAAUACAGCUCAUUCCUCCAGAAGGAAAAAUUCUAGCUACAUAUGAAGAAAAUACAAGAGAUUUCCUGUUCCCUGACCCUAAGCUUACCCGUGGGCACCAUGGUUUAGAUCGUGAGAUUUUAAUGAAGAGGUCCCCUUCUUUUACAGGAAUUGCACCAAAAUUGAGAUUUUCUACGAGCUCCCUUAUUGCAGAAAGUCUGUUAAGCUCAGGAAGGAGUCACAUACAGGGUGAUUUGAAUUGGGUACAUCACUCAACACCGAAUGGAAAAUUGCAAACAAAGUUACCAAAGAAAAAUACUUAUUCAUCUGAGAAAAGUAGGCACAGCUUAGCAACAAAGAACUACGAGCAGCCUACAAUAGCUUCUAAAUCACGUUCUCCAUCUCCAUACACAAAAAGACGAAUGUGUGAACUAUCAGAAGAUGCCAGGCAACGACUGGCCCAUUUAAACCUUGGUCCUUAUGAAUUCAGAAGAGAAACCAAUAAACCUCCGUUUGUAGUUAGACGGGUUGAACAACCAAGUCCUAUUAUCAAACUCCAAACCUGGUGUCCCACACAGAAGAGUACUACGGAAGCCUGGACCAAGGUAGACAAUGAUCCUUCUCUUCUCGGAAGCUACAGACCCAAGAAAGCCAAAGCAAAAUCUACUCAUGGAAAAGGCUUUGACAGUUCUCAUGUAUGCUGUGAAGAUAUGAUCUUAGACCCAUCCAACAGACAGUCGCAUUCUGCUGAUCCACUAGAGCAUUUAACACCUCCAGCAUUUCCGAAGCAUUCUCCAAGUUCUGUGCUUAACCGAUCUUCUCUCAGGGAAAGAUUUAGCUCUGUGUGGCCUUCAUCGGCAAAUGGAGAUGAGAUCCAUAAAAGAGUGAGAAAUAUUUUGAGGACACACAGUGCUAGACAGCACCUCAUAUUUGAUGACAGUAACACAUUAAAAGGAGACUUGACUGAGACAAGAGAGUCUUCACAUAAACCGCCCUCAUCCAGGAGUGAACUGCAGAGCAGUUCAGCAGUGCGGAAGAACGCUAUGUUUCACUUGGAUAAUGGUGAAUAUUGGUCUAGUCGUGCAGCUGUAUACAAAGGGAAGCCUCACAGAGCAAUCUUUGAAGACAGUCUUGAGAAAAUAUACAGAAAUAUGUACCUAAAAGCUUCUGGAACUGUUUCAGACUAAAUGUACUCCUAAUAGCAAUUCACCUGGAAACGCACAGUAUACAGUGUUCGUAUUUGUAACAAAACCUAUUUUUAUAUAACAAAUAUUUGUACUCUGGUUUUAAUAUGUAAUUAUGUUUGGGCAGUGUUUAGGCCUGGGUUGUCAAAAGGAAACUAUUAAUAUCCCUUUGCCCUCUCACCCAAUCACAACAGCAACUAAGCCCCUCUACAGUUAAUCAAGAUGGUGUUGCUCCUUCGAGAAUAUGAAAACAUAUUUAUUUGAAGACUAAUAGGUCUGCUGGAAAUUCCAGUCUGACAUCACCUCAAGUUUCAGCUGCAGCCAAUUCUUAAUAAAUAAUUAAAGCUAUUUAUUAACAUAAACAGAAUUGGUUGAAGAAGCAAUAUUCUUAGUGGUUAGAGAGGGGCUCUAAAGAGGAAGGUGAAUGUGAGUGCUGAUUUAAAAGCAUCCCAUCUAUGACUAGAGGGAAUUGUUUUCGUGAAAAUUGCUUUUGGAUUGUUUGUUUUUGAGACAGGCAGAAACUGAUACUGACCUAUAGACAUACUUUCAAAGUGAUUUCAAGUACCUUCAGUCACAAAUUUUCUAAUACUGUCAAAUUUUAGAAGAAACCCACCCAGCCCAGCAGCCUUUGUCAGAAGAAAGGUUAUCUUUGCACACCCUCUGCAUCUGGAUGUUUCCGGGUUCUCUUGAAUGCAGCCAUGACAUUUGCCAAUAUACCUCUAUUUUUAAAAAUAUAAAAUAGGAAGGAGUGUGGAGAGGGAAAGAUUGGAGCUUGUCCACAAGCUCUCAUAUACUCCGUACAGGCCUUCUGAAGUUCCUGCAUCACAAUCCCACCUAAUUUGGAGCCAGUCCUUGCCAGUCUGCUGGGAUACUGUUGGCAGAAAUUGCAUCAUUUUUGCUAAAGGCCACCAAAUGUUCAUCAGCAGUUCGAUGCUUUCCCUGGGGAUGGAACCUUUUCAGCCUUGCAUUGAACAGAUCCCACAUUAGCAGACCAGGGCAAAUUGCCCAUCUAUUGAAAAGCGGAAUGUUUUAAAAGGGCAAGAGUGUCCGUCUCCUGCUUCCUUUAGGAAUGGAGGAAAACACAAAUGCCUGUUCUCGCUCCUUCCCUGACUGAGCGAACAGAUACAGUUACACCAGUGCCAUUUUACCUGUUGUGAUUGGAUAAAGGAUAAAGCUAACUGUACAGAUGGCGGAACAUAUGACUGUAACCUGCCAGCAAGCCUAGAUAAACAAAAAGUUGGUCUACUCUGCCUUCUAUCCUUUAAUGCUGAGACAACAUAAUUGAUUUGAGAAAGCAGUUGGUGAGCAAUUAUGCUAGUGGGAAAGCACAUUGUAAGGCUGUGUGCUUCUGUUUCAGGAAAGGGGACUCUCAGAGGAAGUAUCUUGCAUGUAGACAUUUCUAUUCCUUGUAACUGUUAAACCAGUUGAAGUGGAUUAGCAUUGAUAACUUCCUGUCCCUGGUGCCAUUUAGCACAUUAAUGCUUUCAAAGGCCAUUAGUUGCACAGUCUUAUGUGAUGGGCAAGUGUUGAGUCACUCUAUGAAGUGCGGAAUAUUUUUUUGCAGAAGUGAAAAGUAAAACUUGAAUGGCAGUUUGUGCCACGGAAGGCAUGGUGGCCAUGGAGUGUUUGUGCUACUGGCACCAGGUAUUCUUCCAUUAACCUGUCCCUGUGACCUUAGUCUGUAAAGGAAUAGUUUCUUUCUUCUUGCUGCUCAGGAGAGGAGGUAUAUGCAAAUGGAUCCUAAAUAGGUAGGGCACAUUCUGAGAGAUACUUUCCAAGCUUUUGGGUUAAAAUUAAUCUGAAGGUUGCUAAACAUUCCUUUAUGUGUUUGAACCAAAAGAUCUACUGUCCUUCUCUUGGUAUCCCACAGUUUUCAUUCAAUAUUCUCUGUGUUUUCCCUUCGCACUGUCGUGUCUUAGUAAAAGUUGGUUUUCUGAAGGUUGCCUGCUCCCCUUUGGCCUAAUCUGGUUCUGUGACAUAGAAGUAUGGUUCGAUUUUUUUCCUCAAAAAAAAACAUGAAAAAAUAUUUAUCAAUGGUGAAAAGCAGAUGGGAGGGGGGGAAAGGUGCCAUAUAUUAAAUUUUGACCAGUAUAAAUAUUCUUUCCAUAGCCUAUAUAUGCAGCAUAGCAACAAAUGAAGCAGAUGAUAAGCUAUGAGUGUCUUUGGUCCUGCUCCAGCUGCAAGGGGAGAUGGUGUGUAUAAUGUCUUUCUGAAUUGGCUGCUGCAGGAUAUGUGUUUCUGUCUUUGGUCAGAGUCAUUCUACAGCUUGUAUGCUAUGAUACAGCAAGGAGUGUUCUCUUCCAAGCACUGUGCUGGAAAUGAGUUGGGUUAAUAGAAAAAUUUUCUAUGAAAGGUGACUUAAGACUGAAAUUACUCCAAUCUGUCCAUAGAAUCUGCAAGCCACUUUGUGUUCAGGAGGAUUUGGCCCCUUCCCUGUUUACUCAACUAACCCUCCUUUUAAUAUGCAUACAACUCAAGUGCACUGAGCGCUGCUGCUCCUUUGCUGCUGCAGUAUGUGAUAAGUACAGGUUCAGGCAGUGAACCAACAUAAUAAUAAACUGUAAUUGUUUAGUGCACCUUGUCUUCUAAUACAGUUUAAAUCCCUUCUAUCAAAUGCAAAUUUCUAGGUUCCUGAGUGGAGCUUUAAAUAGCGUUUUCUAUGCUCAUUCCUUAUCUUUUGCCAUCCACAAAGUGUUCUGUUAGUGACAGUGGGAUGGCAUAAUUCCACCCCCAUCAUUUUACCUCCUAAAGGAAAGCUGCCUACUCAAAUCUAGAAAUAAUGAGCUAGAUUAAGAGUGAAUUAGUGGUUUUCUGUAGAAUUGGUCUCUUUCUCUUCCUCCUCAAGUUAUUAUAACCCAUAAGUAUUCUCACCAAAUGCUAUUCAGCAGCCAGUGUUGCUUGCAGUAUGCAAUCAGUGCAAUAUUUUAAACACUUCCAUUUUAAUAAGUCACAGUCUGCUUCCUACUUGCUCCCUUCCCUCUUUCCUACUAACAGCUUGGUGUAGUUUGGAGUCUUGGGGUGGCUUUAGGCAAACUACCUGGCAUCAUUCAGAAGAAACGCAAAUCCUAUACUGAGCAGUAGUUGCUUUGGAAAUCACUCAGUCAUUGACCUGUUGUGGAUUAAAGGCAAAAAGUGUCAAACUCUUUAAUGAUUUGCCUUAUUUAAGUUUUCAACUGAAAGAAGGGAAGGUUAAAUUGGUCUACUGGGAACAAAAGACAUAGGGAUGGCUGGAGUAAUGGGAACAGGCAGGAGCAGCUUUGUAAGAUGGACGGUCAGCAGUGCUUAUACAGCAAAUCUGAGCAGCUCGGAAGAUGAUGAGAGCUGUUCUUUAGAUUAUGCAUCACGUGCUUCAAUUUUACUGUUACUUCAAAGGCUGCCAAAACAUUGAGGGGAAAAAGAAAUCUACCUAUAGGUGUUGGGAAUCUAUUUUAGGGGUAAAAUAACAGAAUAUUUAUCUCUACUCAGUAUUAGAUAGUCUUAUCCAAACUCCCUCUCAUUGUUACCUCAGUUGUGAAAUGGGGAGUUUGUGCUCUGUUGAAGCUUAAUUAAAUGACUGUGAAGUGCUUUGGGAUCCUGAGGGGAAUGUUACAGAAAUUGUUUUGUAGAAGCCUGGAUGAAAAGUUCCAUCUCAUCUCCAGGUUACUAAAAAGGCUUUAUUUUAAUUUUCCUAGCUUUAUUAUGUUUUAAUCAAAAUUAUUAAGCAGGUCUUAAUCUUAUCAAGAUAGGAACCUAUUAAAUCUAAUAGACAGCUGAAAAAGAUAAUGAACUGCUUUACUGCACAUGCUUUUAGCAGCUAAUCUUUACAGUUGGUAUCCUACUCAGCUUCUGUCGCCUGCAUGAUCCGGGUUCAUCAUGCUCAUACGGAUUGAUCUUAUGGUAUCGGGGUUUGGGGUUUUUUUUAAUGCAAAGUAUUUUGUUUCUCUUCCUGAUGUCUUAGUGCUGUCUGCUGCAUCUACUAAUCAGCACUGUUAACAUCCAUCACAUCAUUUGUUCUCAUCCUCUCCUCAGGUACGAUGCUGUGUGCAACUUGACAGUGGAAAAGUUUGUAUGGUGUGCCACGGGUUUGUCAGGGAAAGUAAGCUGGAAGGAAUCUCAGCCUUUUCAGUCUGUGUACAGGGAACAGCUUUUUAGAUAGAUCUGUAUGAAAGUGUAUUCUGAAACACUGAACUAUUCAACAAAAUUAUUAGCCUUUUAGCGGUGGUCGCUUAACUGUGUAUAUCUUGUAACAUGGAAUCUCUAGGUCAUAGGAAAGCCUACCCCGAUGUUAAUUGCUUCAGUGGUCAUGGAGUGAUCACUAUGAUGAGGAUGCUGUGAGGAUCUCAAGAGAUUUGUUUUGUAGUCAAGGGAUUUGGGAAAAUUCAAAUCAAUGAAGCUUAGUUUCUUGGUUCCAGUGAAAAUGACUGAAGCUAAGAAGCACUUCUGUGGAUGGUCUUAAUGAGCUACCUCACUGACAGAAGUGAUCUCUGGUUUAGGUGAUGGUCUCUGCUAGCAGUGAAUGACCAGUCUUUGCCCAGUUCUUUUGAGUUUCAACAAAUAAAGCAAUGUUAUGGGAAGUGAUCAAGAACACCUAAUAUUCCCAUUUCUAUUACGUAGUCAUCUAUCAAGCUCAAACCACAUUGUGACUGCAUUGGUUUCUACCUUAGACCUUAUUGCUCUCUACAACUACCUGAAAGGGAGGUUGUGGAGAGGAGGGAGCUGGCCUGUUCUCCGAAGUGACAGGGGACAGGACAAGAGGGAACGGCCUCAAGCUCCACCAGGGGAAGUUCAGGCUUGACAUCAGGAAAAACUUUUUCACGGAAAGGUUCAUUGGGCACUGGAACAGGCUGCCCAGGGAGGUGGUUGAGUCACCUUCCCUGGAGGUGUUUAAGGGAUGGGUGGAUGAGGUGCUGAGGGGCGUGGUUUAGGGAUUGUUAGGAAUGGUUGAAUUCAAUGAUGCAGUGGCUCCUUUCCAAACUACUGAUUCUAUGAUUCUAUACUGCUUUGUCCAUGGAAUUCAAAGCAUCGUCAACCAACCCCCUUAAAAUACGAGGCAGUAUCUCCUUUUGUUAACGGUGUUGGCUUAGCAAAGACUUGCAGUUUGCUCCCUGUUUGUCUUAAGUGAGAAAUUCUAUGAAGUGCAGUGAUAAUUUGUCUAGAUGGCAAUGUGAAGGAAUUGUAAUCUUUCAUAGAAUCACUAGGUUGGAAAGGACCCACUGGAUGAUCGAGUGAGCCUUUCCCUCAUCCAGUAGUCGAGUCACUUUGUCAUAGAAGGCGAUCAGGUUAGUUUGGCAAGACCUGCCUUUUGUGAACCCGUGUUGAUGAACUUUGCUUGAUCAAUGUAGAGAUUGUGCUUUUUCUUCGUGUAUAUUUCCGCUCAGUUCUGGUGAUCGCUUCUGACCUAGCAGAGAACUCUCUGCAGUCUGAGAAGUAGUGAUCUGAGCCUCCUUUCACCUCUUCAGGGAAAGGAGUUUGCUGUUGCAAAGCAUCUUCCCUCUUGAACUGUUUGAUUCAGCACUCCAGUAGUAAAAAUGUUUACUAAGAGGUUGCUUUCCUUGCCUGCCUUGUUUUCACCACAGUCAUCUAGUGUUUACAUACAUUUUAGCCUCUGUGCCAUUUUUGAAGGCUUUAUUUGUCUCAUUUACGUUUUUGGUUUGGAUAAUGCUUAAAUAUGAAAUCCAUCUGGGAAACAUAUUGUAUAGUCACGUUGAGGGGUAAAACCAGUUUUUAAUUAAAAUUUUAUACAGCGCUUGUAUUUCACUUUGUCCUGUUUUAUUAUGAAACACUUCAAUCUUCUUCCUAAAACACAUAUGUCUUGUGCGUUUCAAGAUGUUCCUUGUUGCUCAUGCAGAACCAGUUUCUGAGCUCUGUCAGCAGAGUGCCAUAUGUUCUGGGGUUCAUUUAGCUUCUCUGGCGUUUGUGUAGGCAGCAUAUUGGAUGUAAUGCAGCUAAGCUCUGCUCCAUUCUUUUCUUUGUAAACUUGUCAAGAGAUGAAAAAAAAAGAGAGAAGAAAACACUGAAUAAUACUCAAGUGAUUUGAAUUAUCAGUACAUUAUGGUAAUUCGGCCAAUAAAAAUUGAGGUUUCUCGUGUACUUGAGGAUUUUCCUUAAUUGUGGCUUAUGUGUAGCCUACAAAGUGAUGCAUCCCUCUGUGCUACCUAGUAUUACACCCAAAGCAAGUGCUGAAGAUUGAGAUAUAACCCGAGCCAUUUGGAAAUGACAAGCAUGAAGUACUUUUAAUUUUUCAUUGAUCUGUGCUCUUAAAUUAAAAAAAAAAUAAAGUGAGCAACAGAAGAUGGGCAUAUGAAUGGGUUGUACUUCUUUUUGUUGUAUUCUGGCUUUGUGGACAAUAACUGCUGUUUAAAUGCCCGGUACUGCAAAGAGAAUAGACUGAAAGUGCCGUCCUGUUUGGAAAAAAAAAAAAUAAUUUUUUGUCACAUAUCCAUUCCUGAUCCUUCCUUCCCCCCUGUAAUCUUGACUGUGAACCACUGGGUACCAUCAGUCUUUGCAUACUGCUGGUAUAUAGGGACACAGUCCUGGCUGUUUAUUGAUAGCCAUCACAGGCUGUCAGUUACUGAUCUGAUCUGCUGAAAGCUUGUCAGAACCGUCUGGGUGAUUGUGACAGAGGACCAAAGUAUUUCUGUGAUUCUCUGACUGGAGCUUAA